AUGACGGCGCGAAAGAAGAAGCCGAGUAUCAGCAGCAUCGGAGGAGGCAACAAGAAGGAGAACAUGAAGGGGAAUGGACGCAGCAAUGGUAGUGGAACUGGAUGGAGUUUUGUACGAUGGGGAUCUACAAAGACAGCUUCAACCAACACAUCUUCGAAUCUGGGGUCCCCUUCAGCGCCUUGUACCGGUGCUGGAACCGCUAAUACUAGCACCGACCCAGGUCCAAGCGGCGGCCAAAUUCAAGGACAAUCAUAUUACAACACCCACGUCCAAGGACAGUCCCAGUCCCAGUCCCAGUCCCAGGGACACGGGCACUACUUUCGUUCCCAUCACCACCUCCAUCAGCACGCCAAAACAAACUCAGCGCCUUCUCAUGCUUCAAUUGUCGCCUAUAAGUCCGCCUUGAACAAGCCAGUCGUCACUGUCGUUCCUCUUUCCGACUCCAAUUCUGUCUCUUCCGUAUCCUCAUCCACGUCCACAACAUCCGACUCUUGUUCUUCUUCUACUUCUACUACAACUACUACGCCAACUUCCUCCUGUGGCUCGCCUACUACAACCGCUACCACCACCCCGGUCUCGUCUCCUUCCUCGUCUACCACCUCACCAACUUCGAGAUCGACGCCAACAUUCGCUACUCCUGUAUCUGUAUCGACUUCAAAAUCAGGUUCCAAGAGGACCGUCCACUUUCGAUCUGCAACUACAAGCAUCUCUACCAGUUCAAACACCAAUAACAGUAGCGCGCCCUUAAUACCCAUCCUCUCUGUCGUCCCUCCGCCUGGCCAAGACGGCGGCGACGGAGAGGCAAGAAGGCCCGCCAUGCAGCGAGUCUCUGCCUUUCUCCCUUCAUGGGACAAGAGGUCCUCCAACACAAGAUCAGGCUUGUUUGGUUGGUCCUCAAAUCGUUCCAGCGCCUCCAUAUCAGUCGCAAACCACAAUUCAUUAUCCAGGAUAAACACCACUGCAGCUAACGCCAAUGGCCGAGUCCAAAGGGAAGCUUUCUGGCCUGCGACGCUCGACCUCGAAUGCGAGAAGGCUGCCCGCAUCCUCAAGUCAUUUUCCACCGAUGGCUAUCUCGUUCCCGCAGACGAGGAAGAGGACUCACACUCGACAGCAAGCGAACCGCGAUCCCCAAAACGAGUCACCAAGAAAAUCCCGAAGCGCGUGAUCCAAAAUGCCGCCGGAAUCGCCAUCUUCACUUGUAUGCGAAGCGGUCUGUACAUGACAGGUUCCGGCGGCUCCGGUAUUCUCAUCGCUCGAAAAUCUGACGGAACGUGGUCGCCCCCAUCCGGAAUUAUGUUACAUACGCCCACUCUCAGCUUCAUAAUUGGCGUCGACGUUUACGAUUGCGUUCUUGUUGUCAACAACCUUGCCGCUCUUGAGUCAAUCACGAAACCUCGUGUCACACUUGGCGAAGAUGUCGGUCUAGCCAGCGGUCCCCUGGUGUCUCUGGAUUCAGAUGAGUCGCACAUCAAGUGGCAGGAUAUGGGUAACACCGUUUUGACCUACUUGAAAUCGCGGGGUCAAAACCAGGCCGUCAACUUGAAUGGCUGUAUCCUGGCUGAGCGAGGAAACGAGAACGAGCGCUUCUAUGCUAGCCAGGUCACGCAGAUGGAUAUCCUGGCUGGCAAUGUUGCCCGCGAUGUGGAGGAAGUUGGGCCGCUUUCAGAGGUCAUUAAGAUGGCCGAGGGCAGGACAGACUAUGAUACUUCCGUAAUCAACAAGAUCGCUGCCGAGUGCGCACCAGGAGACGCCAUGAUAGCGACACCCAAGUCUUCGACCCCCGCCUCGCCCCGGACGGCCUUUGGAAUUCCCAACCAAGAUGAUCCCGAUCCGUUUGGUGUUUUGGCCCUUGAGAUGGCUGGUUUAGAAAUCAGGGAAGCAGGAUCCCGAUUGCGGCCUACGAGCAGCCAAUUUGACUUCAACCCCGCACCUUCAAGCCCAGCCUACUCCAAAUUCAACAGACAGAGUAUAGAUACAUUCGUAUCAAAGAGCAAUCGCAACAGCUACAUGUCGUCGCGAACGGUCAAGAGUCAAAUGACGGAUGCUGGAACCCAGACCGAUGUAGGCACAACACCUGAGACAUCACCCAGCCCAGGACAGAGCGAAGAUGGCCAUGAUAGGAGUAUCCGUCUGCAAAUCCCCGAAGUCACAGAGGAAGAAGAAGAGGUUGAUUACACAAAGGUCGAUAUGACCCCCAUAAGGCAGUUCAGUGGGGCCCAAUCUCCUCUCAGUACCACCAGCCACAGCAGCACAACGGCUGUGGAACCUGACACCCUCAAGGUCGAGCCCAGGGAUGACACUGACAAGGCUUCGAGCAAUUAUGAUAGCGACAAGGAUGAUAAGAGCAGCCGAAACGCCGAUGACGAGGGUGACUCCGAGAGUGACGCUGGAGAGGAGGACGAGGAGGAACCUGUGGUGUUUGAGGUUGCUGCUGUGCAGCCGGCAAGAACCCAGGCUGUUGCAUCCCGCAUGGUCCACGCCAAGGGUAACAUGGUCAUCAUUCCCAAGAGAGUCCCUCCCCCUCUGCCCAUGAGGAACCCCGGUAGGGCAUCCCGAUCUAGUAAGAGCGAGAUGGGCGAUGUUUCAAGCCUUCGAAGCCCUCUGCGCAAGGAGGCCUUCACCGAAGAAGACCUUGCAUCGGAGAAUGAGAAAACCGACUCCGAGUCUUCGCCUUAUCUUAAACCCAAGGAGUUCAAGGUUGAGAAGACCAAGAUCGAGGCCAAGUCCGACGACGAUAAAUCAUCCGAAUCUGAGGUUGAGUUCUUCCUAGUGGAGGAGGCGAAAACCGAGGGUACCAAGGUUGAAUCGAAGGACGCUCAGACAUCUCCCAGAAUUCCCCAGGAGGAGCGCCCAGACAGCCCCAGCACGUCUGACAAGAAGCACACUUCAUCUGUGUAUACUGGAGUGACUGAAGACCGAUGGAGUGUCGACGGCACAACACUUACAACACCUACAUCAGACCGACCUUUUUCUGUCAUUGACGACAUUACUGAAGACGAGACCCCCAGGAAGCCAGCAAAAGAAACUGAGCCAACUGAGAUGAACGAGAAGCAUGAAGAGCUAGAAAAGAUGGCAUCAAAAGAGACAACCCUCAACACGAUCACGGUUGUAUAA